UUAUGUCAUCCUUCCGCGCCGGUUUGCCCCGCGACGCGCCGGCGGCUGGCGCAGCCCUUCGCUCGCCCGGCCUCCCCCUCCCUGGUUCCGCGCUCGGGUUCCGCCAUGGAAUCCAACAAGGAUGAAGCCGAGCGCUGUAUCAGCAUCGCCCUCAAGGCCAUCCAAAGCAAGCAGCCCGAGCGGGCGCUGCGCUUCCUGGAGAAGGCGCAGCGGCUCUACCCGACGCCACGAGUCAUCGAACUGAUCGAGUCCCUCAACCAAAAACCACAGUCUGCCAGCGAUCAACCCCAACCCACAGAUACAUCCCACACCACCCACAGGAAGGCAGGCGGGACCGAAACCCCCUCAGCCAAUGGCGAGGCAGGCGGAGGAGAAAGCGCCAAGGGCUACACCUCGGAGCAGGUGGCAGCUGUGAAAAGGGUCAAACAGUGUAAAGAUUACUAUGAGAUCCUAGGGGUGAGCAGAAGUGCCUCGGACGAGGACCUGAAGAAGGCCUACCGCAAACUGGCCCUCAAGUUCCAUCCAGACAAGAACCAUGCGCCCGGUGCCACUGAAGCUUUCAAAGCCAUCGGCACGGCAUAUGCCGUACUCAGUAACCCAGAGAAACGGAAACAGUACGACCAGUUUGGUGACGACAAGAAUCAGGCCGCCCGACACGGCCACAGCCACGGGGACUUCCACCGAGGCUUUGAAGCUGAUAUCUCCCCCGAAGACCUCUUUAACAUGUUCUUUGGUGGUGGCUUUCCUUCCAGUAACGUCCAUGUCUACAGCAAUGGUCGAAUGCGAUACACCUACCAGCAGAGGCAGGACCGCAGGGAGAACCAGGGUGACGGCGGGCUAGGAGUAUUUGUCCAGCUGAUGCCCAUCCUCAUUCUUAUCCUUGUGUCAGCACUCAGCCAGCUCAUGGUGUCCAGCCCACCCUACAGUCUGAGCCCGAGACCGUCGGUGGGCCAUGUCCACAAGCGAGUCACUGACCACCUGAGCGUCGUGUACUAUGUGGCAGACACCUUCUCUGAGGAAUACACAGGAUCCAGCCUCAAAACAGUUGAACGGAAUGUGGAAGAUGACUAUAUCGCCAACCUCCGAAACAACUGCUGGAAAGAAAAGCAACAGAAGGAAGGCUUGCUGUACCGGGCCCGCUACUUUGGUGACACAGACAUGUACCACAGAGCACAGAAGAUGGGCACCCCGAGCUGCAGUCGGCUGUCAGAGACUAUGAAAUCCCUGGAGAAUUUUUGGUGACACACACUGAGCCAAGGUGAUGGACUGUAUAUUUAAGAAAAGACAUACACAGAAAAAAAAUUAAAAUGGACCUGGAGGCUGAACACUGCACAGCUGCCCUCUCUCAACCAGUGAAUGCAGAAAGCUCUUAAGAUGGACAGAAAGCCUGCUGCAGGGUUGCUUCCUCCCCUCCCAGGGCUGGCAAGAAGCUCCACAUCACUGGCUCCUAGGAUACAGAAACCAUGGCAACGAAAGUAGAAUGUAAAACUUGCAGCAAAUGUCUGUGGGGAAGGACUGGGGGAGGGGACACCCCACUGUCUCUCCUCCCCCUCCCAGGAGCCAGCACCAGUCACCUCACAGGAGAAGCCAGGCAGAGGCAUGAGCCAAGGAAUAGAGGAGAGAGAAUUCCAGAGAAUGUAACUUAGAAAUGCAUACGUAUGUAUAUAUAUCUAUUUAUAUGUAAAUAGACAUAUAUAAAGAUAUAUAUAUAUAAAGUCUUUUUUAACUGUG